AUGCUCCCCUCUGUCGUACACAGCGACCGAACUACAUACGAACUGCAGUUGGAAUACUGGAGUUCAGCAACCUCCGCCUCCACGUCCGUCUCCGUUGUUUCAGGGGCUCCAUCUUUGCCGCUUUCGGGGGGAAUCCCGCAGUCCGCGACGGCCUUGAAUCUCGGUCCCACGCGUCCAUUCACCAAUAAGGUCAUUUGCCGGGGAAUGGUUGUCACGCUUAAGUGUGGUGGCAACGCUCAGCCCAACUUGGCACCUAAUAGCACAAUCGCCCUUCCGAAACCCUUCUCAAACGCCGCGAUGCAGCUCAACUUGGUGCUGUUGACGCGCGAAAAGAAAUCUAAAAUAAUGCGGAUUGUCAGUGGUACGUCUCCAGGCCAUCCGACUUCUGUUGUUGGGCGUUCCGACAGUGUGACUGCUUCCCCGGCUGGUACUGGCAACGUCAUGGUUUCCAAGUCGCACAAAUUUUCUGACCACGCUGCAGUCAGCGUCAACAAAGCUGAUGACAUCUCUAUGUCCAGUAUCUUUUCAGCAUCCCAGGCCUCCGAGAACUUGGUUAUUCGAGUGUGCAUUGAUGGUGUAGAAUGGCCUACAACGAAGUUCUUUCAGGUUUCCCCUUGCUGGCGGACGCACGUACGGAUCUUUCCUCUGGUGACUAUAUCGCCUCUGGAUGACUGUCCCAGCGUCGCCAAUUUUGCUCUGCCUGUUGCCAAUCUACUCUCCUGUUCGUCUUCCACUACCAGUCCGUAG